UGACCUAGACAAUUGGAUAAAAGGCAUUGGUGUCAUAGUAUCAUCACCUGAGCUGGCAGAGGACUUAACUGGCACAGAAAUUUUACUGGAGCGACACCAGGAGAAUCAUGCUGAUAUGGAGGCAGAGACCCCCACCUUUCGGGCCUUUGAAAACUUUGGCACAGAACUUAUAGACAGAGGGCACCGCAAUAGCCCUGAAAUUAAUAAUAAGCUUCAAGCUGUUAAACUAAAGAGAGACGAUUUGGAGAAUGCUUGGGAACAGCGCAAAAAGAUGCUAGACCAAUGUCUGGAGUUGCAGUUGUUCCGAGGGAACUGUGAACAGGUUGAGAGCUGGAUGGUGGCACGUGAGAAUUCCCUGAGGUCGGAUGACAAGGAUUCCUUAAGCAGUUUAGCAGCCUUGAUGAAGAAACGUGAUGAUUUGGACAAAGCAAUCACAUCCCAGGUAGGGAAGAUCACUGACCUAGAACAUUUUGCAAACCGGCUCAUAGCUGAUGACCACUAUGCCAAGGAAGAGAUUGUUACUCGACUUCAACAUGUGCUAGACAGAUGGAAUGCUCUCAAAGCACAGCUGAUGGCUGAACGGACAAAACUUGGGGACUAUGCUGACCUGAAACAAUUCUACCAUGACCUUGAGGAAUUGGAAGAAUGGAUCAGUGAGAUGCUUCCCACAGCCUGUGAUGAAUCCUACAAAGAUCCCACCAACAUUCAGAGGAAAUACCUGAAACACCAGGCCUUUGAAAAUGAAGUUAAUGGUCGAGCUGAGCAGGUGAAAGGAGUCAUCAGCCUUGGGAACUCCCUAAUUGAGCGGAAGGCUUGCGAUGGUGAAGAAGAGACUAUGAAGAUGCAGCUGGAUGAGCUAAAGGAACAUUGGGAUUACCUCCUUGAGAGAACAACUGACAAAGGGCAGAAACUCAAUGAAGCUAGUCGCCAACAGAGGUUCAACACAAGCAUCCGGGACUUUGAGUUCUGGCUCUCAGAGGCAGAGGGACUGCUAGCCAUGAAAGACCAGGCCAGAGACUUGGCUUCAGCAGGAAACCUGCUAAAGAAGCAUCAGUUACUGGAGGCAGAGAUGUUGGCUCGAAAGGACCCGCUCAAAGAUCUGAAUGAUUUGGCGGAAGAGCUAGUCUCCAGUGGGACUUUCAACGUCGAGCAGAUAGAGAAGAAAAUGGAUGGUGUCAAUGAGCGCUUCGAGAACGUUCAGAACUUGACAGUUGCACACCAUGAGAAAUUGAAAGAGGCCUUUGCCUUGUUCCAGUUCUUUCAAGAUCUGGAUACUGAGGAAUCCUGGAUACAGGAAAAGUUGUUACGAGUGAGCUCCCAGGACUAUGGGAGGGAUCUACAGAGUGUUCAGAACUUACUGAGGAAGCACAGACGCCUAGGAGGGGAGCUGUUAGCACAUAAAGAUGCUGUACAGAAAGUGCUAGAGAUGGCAGAGAUACUACGAGACAAGGCUGCUGUGGGGCAAGAGGAGAUUCAGAAGCGACUGGCUCAGUUUGUUCAACACUGGGAGAAACUCAAAGAGUUGGACAAGGCUCGAGGACUGCGAUUGGAAGAGUCUCUUCAAUUCCUGCAAUUCUUGGAGAAUGUUGAGGAGGAGGAAGCAUGGAUCAGUGAAAAGGAAGCUAUGGUUGCCCGAGGGGAUUCUGGAGACACGCUGGCUGCUACCGAGAACUUGCUUAAGAAGCAUGAAGCUUUGGAUACUGACUUUGCUAUCCAUAAAACCCGAGUGCAAAAUGUGUGUGUCCAAGGAGAAGACAUCCUGAGUAAGGAAGAAACUGAGUACAAGGACAAGGUUUCUGCCAAGAUUGAAGCUCUAAAUAAAAAGAUCCCUUUUCUGGCCAAGGCAAUGGCUGCUUGGAAGUUGCAACUGCAACAUGAUCAUGACUUUCAGCAGUUUAAUUGGAAGGCUGAUGUGGUAGAUUCUUGGAUAGGUGAGAAAGAAACAAGCCUGAAGGCCAAAGACAAUGGUGGGGACCUCACUGCUUUUCUCACUCUCCUGGCAAAACAGGAUACACUGGAUGCCAGUCUUCAGAGUUUCCAGCAAGAGCAACUUUCUGAGAUCACUGAUCUGAAGGACCAACUGGCAGCCGCUCAGCACAGCCAGACCAAAGCCAUUGAGGAGCGCCAUGCUGCUCUACUGAGGCGCUGGGAACAGUUGUUGGAAGCCUCUGCAGCUCACAGACAGAAAUUGCUGGAGAAGCAGCUGCCUCUACAGAAGGCUGAGGAGUUAUUUAUGGAAUUUGCACACAAAGCUUCAGCUUUCAACAACUGGUGUGAGAAUGCUGAGGAAGACCUGUCAGAGCCUGUACACUGUGUCUCCCUGAAUGAGAUUCGGCAGCUGCAGAAGGACCAUGAGGCUUUCUUGGCCUCCUUGGCUGGAGCUCAAGAAAACUUCAACUAUUUGCUGGAACUAGACCAGAAGAUUAAAACCUUAAAUGUUCCCUCCAGCCCCUAUACUUGGUUAACAGUGGAGGUGCUAGAAAAGAUCUGGAAGCACCUGCCUGACGCUAUCAAGGAACGGGAGCAUGAGUUGCAAAAGGAAGAAGCAAGACAGGUCAAAAACUUUGAGAUGUGUCAGGAGUUUGAACAGAAUGCCAGUGCCUUUCUUCAAUGGAUCCAGGAGACCAGGGCUUAUUUUCUGGAUGGAUCUUUACUCAAAGAAAAAGGAACUCUGGAAUCCCAACUGGAAGCAAAUAAAAGGAAGCAGAAGGAGAUACAGGCAAUGAAGCGUCAGCUGACAAAGAUUGAGGACCUGGGGGACAACAUGGAAGAGGCGCUGAUCCUUGACAUCAAAUACAGCACCAUUGGAUUAGCUCAGCAGUGGGACCAGCUUCAUCAGUUAGGAAUGAGGAUGCAACACAACCUGGAACAGCAGAUCCAGGCCAAGGACACCAUAGGUGUGAGUGAGGAGACACUAAAGGAGUUUAGCACAACCUAUAAACACUUUGAUGAGAACUUGACAGGGCGCUUGACUCACAAAGAGUUCCGGUCCUGCCUGAGAGGACUCAAUUACUAUUUACCCAUGGUAGAGGAUGAUGAACCUGAGCCCAGGUUUCAGAAGUUUCUGGAUGCUGUGGAUCCAGGGAGGAAGGGCUAUGUCUCUCUGGAGGACUAUACAUCAUUUCUAAUUGAUAAGGAAUCGGAGAACAUCAAGACCAGUGAUGACAUAGAAAGUGCUUUCCAAGCCCUAGCAGAGGGAAAGGCUUAUAUUACCAAAGAGGACAUGAAGCAGGCUCUAACCCCAGAACAAGUAUCAUUCUGUACCGUACAUAUGCAGCAAUAUAUGGACCCACGGGGCCGAGGCCAUCCUGCUGGCUAUGAUUAUGUUGGCUUCACCAAUUCCUACUUUGGCAACUGACAAGCAGAUAUUUGGGAAUUGUAGAAAAUCUUGGUGUGUUGGGAAAGUAUUGGGGUUGAGAGGAUGGGGAAGUGUGGAGGAUGAAAAAUGGUCAUGUGUGUGUGUGUGUGUGUGUGUGUGUGUGUGUGUGUAUAAUGUU